AUGGAAAAAAUAAACAAAAAAUAUUAUUUAGAAAUAUAAUAUUUAUGUAAACCUAAAAAUCCUAUAGAAAUAUUAGCUUUAUAUAAAUCAAAAUUUCCUUGUAUUAGUUUAUAGAAAUUAAUUUUAUUUAUAAUAAAGUCUAUUAGUUAUUGUUGUAAAGUGAUAAUAUCAAAUUAAUUUUUUGAUUCAUUUAUUUUACUUAUUAUUAUUGCUAAUUCUAUAUUUUUGGCUUUUGAUGAUCCUACUACUGAUAAGUAAAACUUAAUAUAAAAUUAUAUUGAAGAUUUUUUUUUGUGGACUUAUACAAUUGAAGCUAUAAUAAAAAUUAUUGGGAUGGGAUUUAUUUUUAAUUAAGGAGCUUAUUUAAGGGAUAGAUGGAAUAUUCUCGAUUUUAUAAUUGUAAUUUCGUCUUUAAUACCUUUAGUAGCAUCUGAUAAUUCAGUUAAUCUUAAUUCUUUAAGAUCAUUUCGUAUAUUAAGGCCUUUAAGAGCUAUUUCUACAAUAAGAAGUUUAAAAGUAUUACUUUCUACAUUAUUUUAAGCUUUACCAGAUUUAAUAAACACUUUAAUUAUUUUAGUAUUCAUGUUUUUUAUAUUCGCAAUUGCAGGUUUAUAAUUAUUUUAAGGAAUGUUAAAAAAAAGAUGCUUUUAUGCAGACACAGGAAUUCCUGAUAAUCGAGAUAUUCUUUGUGGCGGAAUAGAUUGUCCUUAAGAAGGAUAAAUAUGUGGAAAAUUGAUGUAAAAUCCAGAUUAUGGAGUAACUAAUUUUGAUGAUAUUCUUUAUUCUUUUUUAAUGGUGUUUUAAUGUGUAACUUUAGAAGGAUGGACUAGUAUAAUGUUUUAUUUGUUUGAUACUUUUUCUAUUUAUACGAUUUUUUAUUUUGUUUGCUUGAUUUUUUUUGGGUCUUUUUUCUUACUUAAUCUUAUGUUGGCAGUUAUUAAAGCAUCCUUUUCAGAUAAUUAAGGAGAACCAAAUAAGGAAGAGAAAGAAGAAUAAUUAAUGUCCUUAGAUAUUUUAAAAGAAUAUAGAAAAAAGUUAAGAUUUGAAAAAUUCAAUUUCUUAAAAGAUUAUAAAAUUCCUUCUUCUAUGGAAAGUAUUAUUCAUAAUAAACAAUAAAUUCAAGAAAUAAGAAAAACAGGAUUUACUUGGGAAGGACUUUAGUUUUUGUUAAAUUAAAAAAAUGAAGAAAAUAAAAAAUUGUAGAUAUAUAAAAAAAAAAGUAAACUUUAGAUAAUAUCUAAAUAUGGAGAACGAGAAAAAGUCAAGAAAUAAAAUAAGCGCUUAAUGUUUUUAAAAAUGAUUAUUAAAAUUCAAAAAAAUAAAUCAAUGAAACUAAAGGCGUUUAAAGAAUUAUUUAUACACAUUAUAAAUCAGACAAUAAUAGGAGUUUUUCUUAAUAAAAAUCGCCUAAAAAUUAAAUUAAGUUUAUGGGUAAUCUUAAUUUUGUAGAUGAUUUGA